UUUGGGAUUGGACUGGCAAUGCAUGGAGCACCAAUGUACAUCUCCGAAACAUCACCAUCUAAAGUACGAGGGACACUUGUAUCUCUGAAGGAAGCCUUCAUAGUUCUUGGCAUUUUGCUUGGAUAUCUAGCGGGCAGCGUAGAAAUCUCCACUGUCGGAGGCUGGCGAUGGAUGUACGCAUUCGCGGCACCGAUCUCGAUCAUCAUGGGAAUUGGGAUGUGGUGGCUGCCACCCUCGCCACGAUGGCUACUCUUGCGAGUGGUGCAAGGCAAAGGUGACAUGAGCGAGCUCACGCGACAGGCUUGCGAGGCUUUCAAGAGGCUUGGAGGAGGAUCAAGCAACAUCACCCAAGAGGCUGUGGAUUUGCAAGUGGAUGAAACUGUCAAGUCGCUGGAGAGCUUGAGCAGGGAAUCUGAGAGCGCGCAGCAAAGCGUCUGGGAGUUGUUCCGAGGAGGCAACUUGAAAACUCUGACGAUUGGAACCGGCUUGGUCUUUUUCCAACAGGUGACUGGCGUCCUAUACUAUGCAGCCACGAUCCUCCAGAGUGCUGGAUUUGCUGUCGCAACGGAUGCAACACGAGUCUCGGUUCUACUGGGUGUUUUCAAGCUUAUUAUGACUGGAGUUGCGGUUUUCAACGUUGAUAAACUCGGACGAAGGCCUCUACUAAUCGGUGGUGUCAGCGGCAUUGUUGUGAGCUUGUUCAUGCUGGCGGCUUUCUUUGUCUUCGGAAAGGGCCUCUCGUUUCUCGCAGUCAUUGCGUUGCUUCUCUACGUUGGUUGCUACCAGAUAUCAUUUGGCCCGAUUUCAUGGCUCAUGAUCUCGGAGAUUUUCCCACUUAGAACACGGGGUCGAGCUCUCAGCAUCUCGACUCUUGUCAACUUCGCAGCCAAUGCUUUAGUCGCACUGGCAUACUCACCACUACAGGAACUUUUGGGAGCGCCUCUGACUUUCGUGGGAUUUGGAGUGAUUGGAAUCGUGGCGCUCGUCUUCAUUGUUUCCACGGUCCCAGAGACAAAGGGACUAAGCCUGGAAGAGAUAGAACAGCAGCUCUUCGCGACUUGUAAACAAGAAGCUCUGUGCAGUGAUCCUUUGAGACAGAUAUUUACACUUCCAUCGCUAGAACCUUCCUCCAAAAACUAAUCCCAAAAAACUAGAAAAGAGAUAUGGGCUGACCUUGAAUUUUUCGCGUUUGUUUUCUUGGAGCUCGUGUACGUGAUCUUCAUGCUCUUCGUUUUCACUGUGCUCCAAGUUUGGUGCCGCUGGAUCAGCAACACUC